AUGCAGCACCCCAAGCCCUUCUAUGCACCCUCUGCUCCCCAAGAAGGCUUCAGCCCCCAGGGUCUGGACAGCACCGAGGGCCCAGCCAGGCAGCCUGCGGCCUGUGCGGAGGCACUCCCAGCAGUGGGUUCCUCCAGCCUGUAUCACUCCCCAAACCCGGAGAAAGAGGUGUUUCCAGCCCCUCCCGCAGGUCUCCAGAUGGCUCCGUGUGGCUGCUUCUUUGACCCCCGCAUCUACCGCAUCGAGUGGGCCACCUCUGAUUUUGGCCAGUCAGCCCUGUACAAGCUGGUGGUGGCGGGCGGCGGGCCAGCAGGGGGCCCAGCUGGGGGCCCCGCCUCCACAGGCACCUACCUUCUAGAACCCCAGCACUACCUCAAGGCUCCGGGGCCACCACCACCCCCGUAUACCCCCUACCAGCCGGUGCCCGGGGCCCCCCAGUACCUCAUGCCCUACUUCCCACCUGAGGGGCCUGGGCCCGAAGGCCUGGGCUUUGUAGGCGAUGGGGGGCCCCCGACCUUUGUGGAGCUGGCCCCCCCACCCCCCCCCAAGGACAAGCUGCCACCACGGCUGCUCACGCUGCCCGCCGAACCACUGCUACCACCUGGUGCUUAUGGCCACCUCGAGGGCAGCCUCAGCCAGUGGGGGCCUGCGGCGGCCACCGCCUGGCCUGCCGAGCCCCCAGCCUUCCCCACCAAGGAGCUGCCAACCGGGCCGGGACAGCUGCCCAUGCCGGCUGAGGCCCCAGCAGCGGCCCGUGCGCUGGUGGUGGGUGAGGCCCCGGCAGCCAAGGUAGCCCGCGCCUCGGGGCUGCCCGACAAGGUGCUGCUGGAGGACGCCAUGAAGCUCUUCGACUGCCUGCCAGGGCGCAGCGAGCCUGAGGGCGGCCCGCGCAGGCUCCCGGCCGUGGCUGCUGGGCCUGACAGUGGAGGCGGUGGCGACGACUCUUCCGGCGACAUCCGCUCGCUGCACCUGCCCGACGAGCUGCUGUCGUUCGACUACAAUGUGCCUGAGAUCCUGGACGCCGUGUGCAACGCGGACUACCUCAACUUCAAGGCGCUGGAUGAGGGGCCGCCACCGCCGCGCCCGGGACCCCCAGCCACUGACCCCCCGGCCCCCUGCCUGCGGCCCGACACGGCCAGCUGUGGCAAGAAGAAGGCUGGCCCCACAUCCACCCAGAAGGGCAAGUCGGGUGGCAAGAGCAGGCGGGCCGUGGGCUCGCCGCCACUUGUAGCCCUCAGGAAGCCAUGGCAGGUGGAGAAGGGUGGGGGCACCUUUGUCCCUGCCAUGGGCCAAGACGUGAAGGUGCGCACACAUGUUCACGUAGACAUGGGAUCGUUGGAGCUGGUGGAUGCUGGCACGUGUUGGCAAGUCAAGGCGGGAGGGGCAGGCCAGGGAGAAGACAGCACUGUCCCGGAGCAGAGCCGGCCCAGCCAGGGAGGACGCAUUCUCCUGGUCACCGUGGUCUGUGAGACUGAACGGAGGCUGACGGGGCAGCUACAGAGUGAGGAGGAAAAGGCAUGGCUCCGUCUGCAGCACGUGUAA